UAAGAAAAAUAUUUGCAAUUAUUCAUAUGUUUCAUAAUUACUAAUUGGACUGUUUCCAUGCAGUUACCAAUGGCCAGUAAUGUUAACUUGGAAAGCUAUAUCUCACAGGACUAAAGGCUUUAGUGGAGCGGACCUUCAAGCACUUCUUUCUGGCACACAACUUGAAGUAGUUCAUUUGCUCUUGGAUAGGGAAGAUGGCAGUGGAACUGGAAAGAUGCCUAUUAUCACGGUUGCUCUUCUGGAGUCCAUGGCAUCCAAGGCUAAAUGCCUAAAUCAUCAGUUUCAGAAGCUGAGAAGCGAAUGUUGCACGGCAUUUACAGCCAGUUUUUCAAUUCAAAGUGGUCUGUCACUGAACAGCUAGUCAUUGCUGGAGAUGGGUACUAAAGAUUUGGAUUUUGUACAACUGAACCAAUUAAUUGGAAGAAAAGCUGGUGGGAUAUCAGUAUAUCCUUUCACACCAUCAGUUCGAGGGAAGGAGGAGCCCUGUAGCCAUAUAAUUGUUCGGGGCUAAGCUAUGUCAGAACGUGUUGGAGAUUUAUUUACCCUGGUAAUUCUGGUAUUUUUCUUUGUAAUUUAAUUACAUGCGAAUUUCGAAAACCACCAUUGUCACUCUUCAAGUUGGUGG